CAGGUACAAAAUCUGCACUAUCUUAUCCGGGAGGAUUGGAGGAUAAUACGAACUGAAUUAGAAAGCAAGAUUAUAUUAAAACAUGCUCAUAACUCUCAAAUUUACAAUAUCUAUAUAUUUUGUCUUUUGUUUACAUACCUUACAGUGAGCAUCAAUUUUGUAAUAAUCGGUAUAGUCAUGGUUCAGUUUCUUCCAAAUAUCCUUGACAUUGUUUUACCAUUGGAUGAACCACGACCACGUAAACCUAUUAUUAUGGCGGAAUAUUUCGUUUUACAUAAUAAGUAUUUUUAUACUAAAAUACUGCAUGAAAUUGUACUUAUUGUAAUAUAUACAUCAAUACUAUUUGCGACGUCGUCACAAUUGUUAGUAUUUAGCUGUCACUCUUUUGGGAUGUUCAAAAUUUGCAGUCAUCGAAUAGAAUAUUCCAUCGAGGAUAGCGUACUACAUGUACCAAAUCCAGGAAAGAAAAGCGCAAUUUACAGAAGAAUAAUGCAUGUUGUAAUUGCGCAUCGUAGAGCUAUGGACUUUUGCAACAUUAUGAUAUCAUCAUUUAAUAUACCAUAUUGCAUCAUAACUAUUGUCGGAUUAAUAUCAUUAAGCAUCAAUUUAUAUGGAUUUGUUGAAGCAGUAAUAAUAUCAAAGAACAUGGAAAACUUUACAAUGUAUUUUUUCACCACAACAGGCCAUUUAGUUUAUAUGUUCGUAGCAAAUUACAUUGGACAGAAAGUUAUCGAUUACAAUAACGAACUUUUCAAAUUAUCAUAUGAUACAUCAUGGUACUUAAUGCCUGUAUCAUCACAAAAAUUAAUUUUAUUUUUAAUGCAAAAAACUGGUAAAGAAUUUUAUUUCACGAUUGGCUCUAUGUUCAUCGCAAAGUUGGAAAGUUUCGCCACAGUAAGAAAUAAGAAAAAUAGAAGAAUGUAACAAAGUAUAAGAAUAUAUAAAAAUAAG